GGAGAAUCGUAUUUUUGUACGUUGUAACACCGAACGUUCUCAGAUUAAACUGAAGUUAAAAAAGUACAUAUGUAUUCGUAUGAUAUAAGAAGUAUGUAUAUGUAGUCAAAGAAACUCGUGCGUCAGCAGCAACGUGUGUGCAAUUCAGGUAUCCAUUCUUUUCUCUCUUUCUCACUUUUACAUUUACCAUCUCUAUCGAAAGUAUACGCAACGUUGAGUGACGUCGCACAUAUGAGCUUGUGCGCGUGUGUGUACAUGCGUGAAUGUGUUCACGCGUUCACUGUAUAGAGUAUUAGUGCGUACGUGCGCCGCGUUGUAGGAACGUCCAGGUAAAAAAAAGAAGAAGAGGUAGAGAAGAAGACGAAGACCAAGAGGAGGAAGAAGAAGAAUAAGGGAACGGAGGAGGUGCGGCACGACACUCUGAACGAAGAGAAGCGAGUCCAGUGAGCCGUUCGCCGCGUGUCGUGCUUGAUCUUUCUCUGCGUCUUCCAUUUUGGAGAACCAACGUUCCCAACUUUUUUAACGAUAUAUAAUAUAUAUAUAUAUAUAUAUUUUUUGUUGGCGGGAUUUUUCCAAUAAUUAUUCUCCAUUUCUAACCGAAAUAUUAUUGCCAUUAUUUUAGCCCCUAAUCAGGAAUGGAUACGACUACGAUAAUGGAGUUGUUUAAUAAUGACAAGUUUUUCUCUUCGUUGUUUUUUUAAAUUUUAAUUGAAAAAAAGAGUGAGAUAGAUAUAAAGAGAGAAGAAGUAAAAUUAAAAAAGACUGUUAUUGUAGUGUUCGUUUUCGUUGUAAGAGUUGUAUUGUUAGCCUUGACGGGCGCCAGCCGGUCGCGUGUACUCUCACGCGCACGUGCACGCACCGAUACCCUUCGAACGUAACUGAACGUUCAGUUCAGGGAUUGGAUUACUCUCUUUCUUUCUUUCUCUCUCUCUCUCUUUCUUUCUUUCUUGCUUGCUUGCUUGUUUUCUUUCUUUUUCUAUGUUUUUUGUUCCUAAAUUUGUCAAGAUUCGUUGGGAUUUUAAGUGAUAAAAAGAAGAACCCAGAUAGUAUUGGAUGUAUGAGUAAAAAGAAAAAGUUUGAGACAUGUUAUGUGAGAUUUUUUAAUAAAAGAGGAGCACCAUGUCGACGACCGACGUGGUACGAAUUUCUCCUCAGCAGCAGCAGCAGCAGCAGCAACAACAACAACAGCAGCAGCAACAGCAACAGGGAUCGUCACUCGACGAGGAACAAGGAAGACUGAAAAACGAUUUGCAGUAUCUUCGAAGAAGGGGACUUCUCAAGGCGCCAGGCGAAUCGUCCUACCAAGGACGUAAAUGUGCAAGAUGCUGUGCACCGUUUGGUAGAUUUUACAACACAGGGGCUACGUGUACUCGUUGCAGGUAUAGGGUUUGCAAGCAGUGCCGUAUCGAGGUCAGAGGUCCGAACGAAGAGAACGAGAGUGGUAAAGACGUCGAAUGGAUUUGCAACGUUUGUUAUAAAAUUGCAGAAUUACACGUUAUCACUGGCGGCAAAUGGUUGUACGAGGAUCCGUUUCCUAGAGAAAUAAUCGAUGAUAAAAAAUCAUCACCACUCGAUAUAUUAAAGCACAGUAUCCGACGUGCCUGGACGAUUAACGGACCACCUAUACGUUGGUCAGCUGCAAGGAAGUCACCGGAAUUGCGAAUUUAUCGAAGUUUACCAACUAGACGACAGGAAUAUCGAGAAUCUAUUGAAAAGAAGAAAUAUGCCAUAGGAAAGGAUAAUUCAUCGGUGUCAAGAUCAGUGGAAGAAAAUCGAACGAGCUUACCUCCGACGAUCGAUAUUAAAAACGACGAAUCAUCCUUUCUCGAGAAAAUUAUUUCGCGAUCCGAUAUUAACGAACGAACGAAAAAAAACGAUAAAAUACGAUUGGACGAGGAAAUUGCGGUGGCAUCAGCGACAACGGCAGCAGCAACCGAUGUUGUUCCCAUCAAAAAUUCUUUCAAAAGGAACGACAAAAAUCUUAUCAAUGGUGCCAAGACGAAGGAUGGGGGACAGGAAGAUACGAUAGGUGGGAAUAAUAAUCAAGAACAGUGCAUCGUUGUUGGUACACCUAGGAUCUCUUUACUCAAACCACCGAGAAUUCUUUCCAAAUUAAUCUCGCCGGAUAUUAAAUCGUCCCAGAGCAAGUAUGGCGAAAGAAAAUCGAAUAUUCCUAUAUUUAAAAGGAGUUCCAAGGAAUUCGAGGAUAUCAGGAGUCCUCAGGAAUCACCGAGACGAUCUCUUAUACCACAAAGAUAUAGAGGAAGCACCGACGACCUUAGACGCAGUCGUGAGGAUAUAAGCGUGCCAAGUUUGAUACCGAAACUCCUGUCACCUCGAAAUAAAGAGGAUAGAUUAUUAAAACGUCAGGAUAGCAAGGACGACGUUAGAACGAACGUACAAAAUAAACGUAUCGAAGCAUCAUCGAUGCUUUUGCGAAAAGAUUUGAAAGACGAUACGAAAGGUGGUGGUGGUGGUGGUGGUGUUGGUGGUGGUGUUGGUGGUGGUGUUGGUGGUGGUGGUGGUGUUGGUGUUGGUGGUGGUACAUCGAUCCUAUCUCAAAACGAUAAUAGUCAUCAUAGUAACGCUAAAGAGGAAAGUAAAAUCGGUAUACGAAUAUUCAAAGGAGAUAAUAGCAAAGAGGACGUGGGCAGGGAGAGUACAAAUUCAAAUGCGAGCGUUGCUACAAAAGGAAAGCAAACUGGCAAGGAAGAGGAGGAGGAGGAGGAGGAAGAGGAGGAGGAGGAGGAGUUUCUUGCUGGUGUUAGAGUUAAGGAGGAAAAGGAGAGGAUGGAGGAACGUGUGGGCGAAAUCACAACGUCCAAAUCGAAAUUUACCUUUGCCUGUGAACAAAGCAAGAAGAAAAGGGAAAGCUCCGAUGACGACGGAGCAAAGCAAACUAGACGACAGUUUGUUAUACUCGAACAGAAACGUAUCGAACAAGUUGACACGAUGUUAGGUGUCCUUGAUCAAAGUGAAAAAGGUAAAGAACAAAUUCAAAUGGCAAUGGAUAAUAAUGGAUUUCGAGAGAUUCCUCAAGAGGAUGAUAAACUUGUCGAAGACAUUCCUUCCAAUGAUCUCGAUAUUGGUAAUAUGUGUGAUACGAACGAUCGAAGAUCAUCAGGUGAUAUUGGUCAUGCGAAGAAAAUGGACGAAUUCCAAGUGGUACGCCGGAAAUUUUCUAAAGAAGAAUUUUCUAACCCAGACGAUACGGACGAAACACCUAACAAGCGUUGCUCUAGCCAGCAUUUGUCACCUGAGGCAAGCCCCUUGAGUACAAGGUCCUCGAGGUAUAGCCCACGAGAGAGUGAAAGCGAACCGACACCUGCACUUCCACGGAAAAUAGGUGGAGACUCUUGCUCAGCUUCUCAGAGAAUACGAGAUGCAAUAAGUAGGAGCAGAAGGGAAUCGAAUAGUAGCGCAAGAUACGAGAGUAGUGGCAGCGAGAGUGUAAGACUUAGCGAGACGGGAUUACACGAUAGCGUUGAUCUGGCAAGAAAGUUGAAAUUUUUUGGCGGUAACGGAAGUAGUACAAUACCAUUGAUCAUCGGAAACGACGAAGUGAUUCAACGAGAUAGUGCAACGAGUGCAGGGGAGGAUGAGCCACACGAGGAUGGUCAUAGCAAUAGAAUUGGUCCAGUAUCCUCUCAGGGAAGAUCUAUGCUUCGACGACGUAGACAAUUCGAUGCUCAGGGUUCGAGAAGAAGAGGCCGAUCGCACGCUAGAACUUGUUGCGGGGAAGAUCUUCAGAGUCUUCAGACAUUUCACGUGAUUGGACGUGCCGAAAGACAAGAAAGUCCAACUGGAAGCACCAGCAAUAACAACAAUAAUUCCAACAGCAACAAUAAUAAUAAUCACGGACAGGAUCAGCCGAUAGUCGACUACAGAAGAUUGGUAUUCAUCAGCUCGGAUUCUUCAUCCGGUCGCGAGGAAGACGAUGCAGACAGCAGUUGCUCCAGUUCCUCUUACUUGAACGGUUUACCACGCGGCAGUAGCGGUAGUCACGCUCAAUCCCUCGAGGAGGAUUGCGAUUGGGAUUAUUUCGAGAGCGGUUCCAUACCAGUCGUCAUUGGUGGUACCACCAACACCAACGUUGCCACUGACUCCAAUAUCUCGCAGGAUUGGAGUUGUUGUCCUGGACGUGGAUCAUCCGCUUGUCGAGCUUGCGGGGGUUCUGGAAACGCGAACGUACUUCCGGUGCCAGUGCCCAUACCAGUCCCAGUACCAUAUCCGGUCCCAAUUCCGGCAGCUCUCUGGACCGGUGAUUUCGCAGCUGCAGCCUCCUCGAUGAUAAGUCGAGCUGGAGAAUCUGAACCUGGAACGUUGAGAUUGAGAGGAGAACCAGGUGCACCUUGGUUCGCUUGGCAUCCAAGAUUUAAUCAACCUUUGCAUCGUGGUAGACUCGAUCCAAGACUGACAGGUAUCUUCGAUCCAACCAGUUGUACGUUUAGACCAGAACAAGUGAUCGGUCCACGUUUAUACGAGUCACCCAUCGAAACAUCAAUUUCAUCGGCUCAGGAAUCUCUCGGUCAUCAUCAUUUGGGAAAUACCGGUGGGGAGACGGUGACCAAUCGCGAUAAUAAUUUAGGAAAGUCUAAUUCAAACGUGGAAGACAAUUUGAUGAACGAAACUUUGCCGAAUAAAGAGCACGUCGAAUCGACAGAUAAGUUAACUGAACAGAAAGAUGAUUCUAACGUCGUCAAUGUGGACAAACGCGUACAAACCGAGAACAGAAUGGAGGAAAAUGAAGAGGAAGAGGAAGAGGAAGAGGAAGAAGAAGAAGAAGAAGAAGCUGUUUGCGAGGACUCUUUAUCUUCGUCAUUUGAAAGUAGGGGCCAAAUAAUAUAUCAAAGAUCUCACGAGGAUUCUGGUAGCUCUUCUGGACGUUCCUCGGCUGACAGUAGCGACCUCGAAGAAGAUUCUUCCUCGCAUAGAUUCUCCAGAGUGUUCGUUGUAAAUGAUGAUUCUCUUACCAGCGACAACGACAUCGAGGACAACGGUGAAGAAGAUGAUUCCGAUUCGGCUAACGAAGGUGGUGUUACUUUGAAACGUGUCAGUGCUUUACCAGAAGAAGAAUCCGUGAUACUGCAACACGUUCGUUUGUUAAACGAGGAUGGUAACUUUGAGGAUAUCAAUGGAAAUCAAACUGGUAGGAAUAGAUCCGAGGGGGAAUCAGAAUCAAGGAAAGUUAAUAAUCCAAAUGAUAGUUCGAAUUCGGAAAAGAAGAAAACUCGGGAUGGGCAGCAUAAUCAUGUAGAAGUCGAAAAUAAUGAUAGAGUACCUUUGUUACUCGAUCAUCGAUUAAUUCCAGAAGAAAUAUAUUUAGCUGACGAGAGCGAAUCCUUGGGUAAUAAAAUAGAAUUGAAAUCGGUUAGAGUCCUUGAUCCUGAUAGCAUUGAUGCAACUUCGAACAUUGGUGUAAUCGAUGAAACUUAUACGAACGACGCUAAAUCGAAUUCGGAAUUCAUUUUUACAAUGAAUUCUAUUAAGAAGUGCGAGAAAUCGAUUGAAAUCAAUCGGAUAUCGGAAAGAAAUAACGAAAAUGAUAACGAUAACGAUGCGGAAAGUGAUUUGUCAAGUUCCAGUGGCAAUUGGGAUUCCACUAUAAUACCAGACUCGUUGGAAAUAUCCAGAGAAAUGUCGAGGGACAAUUCGUCAGAUGAAAUUCUAAAGGAUAUGAAUAAAGAUGGUCACGAGGAUGACAACGUAGAUGAAAAAGAUGAACGUAGAAACUCGUCGAAUGAUAAGAAAAACGAUUGCGAAAGUCAAUCGGAUAAGCUUAACGUUUUAUCAGAGUUAUUAAACGACAAGAUAUCAGAUCAUAAGAAAGAUAAUAACGAAUCGAGUCAGAGCGUUAUCGGCAAUAUGUUUUUCUCUUCGAUGGAAAGUUCAACGGGUAACGAAACAACAACGACAGGAAGUGAAGUGAGUAGCGACGAGCUUCACGAGUACGAGGUCACACCGUUGUACGAUGGCAAUGCAACAGCAACCAGGAUUACAACUACGACGACGACGACGACGACGACGACGACGACGAUUUCCGCCAUGAACGAAGAAUUAUUGCUGUUGAAUCGAGAAGAAAUGGAAAAUACAUUGGAAAGUAUAAAUGAGUUGGAGGUUAGCGAGAUCAAAGAGGAAGAAGAAUCGUUAGACGAUAAGUUCUCGUUACAUAAUUCCAGUACAGAGGAGAGUUUUGGUGCCAGGAUAGAAGGGAAGAAGGAAGAGAAGGAGACUGGAAAGGUGAUAGAGGUGGUGGGUAAAAACGUGGGUGGAAGGAAAUGGGCAGGUCGGGAGGUAAGCAAUGUUAUAUCUAGCAAAAUUCAAGAGAUCUUCAUGAGCGGUGAACGUGCCGAGCGAAUAACUGAGACUGCGCACGAGCAUUCGCAAGAACACGGCUCGUACACGGUGAGAGGUGAGAGUCCUGCUUCGUGCGAGGUAGUAGGAAGUAAAGUCGGCGGAGGUGGUAGUCGCGACGGUGACGGUGACGGGGAAAACGACGGCAGCAGCAGCAGCAGCAGCAGCAGUGGUGGUAGUAGUAGUAGUAGUAGUAGUAGUAGUAAUGGUGGUAGUGGUAAAUGCGAUGAUAGUGAUGGUGACUCGACGGUGGGGGUAUCGACACGGUUUCGCUCAGUCGAGCGACGCCCGUCCACUCGAAAGGAGAAUGGAUUCCCUCCUGCCGCGUCAACGAAGGAUUCGACAAGAGACGACAACAACGACAACGACGACAACGACGACGACGACGACGCACCACUUUGCUACUUUCCCUCAUCGACGAUUCCUUCGAGCAAUACCACCGGUACUAACAACAACAGCAACAACAACGCUAGAUAUAAGAGCCUCGUGAUGAUUACCCAAGAAGCUUCGUAUCAACCUGUGAGCGUGAUUACGUCGGACACGACGACCUUGUUGCAACCGGAUGAAGUCCAUUCGGCUGGUCAGGGUCUGGCCGGGUAUUUCCAGCUGGCGCUCGAAGCCGUAGCUGAACAGCCUCACCGUAAAACUGGCCAACCACCUCGAAGGCCUCUCAUGGUGAAAAGAUUGCCGAGCAACGUGACCGCCAAUCAUUCCGAAGCAGAAGCGGACAGUGGUUUGAGCGUGGGUAGUGCCAGCGAGAGCGAUGACGUUUCGGUUAAGAACGCUAGUAAAAUAAAUAAUCGUUUGGAAGGCAACAAUAGCGAAGAUUCCACCCAAUCGAAAGAUCGUCAAAGUAACAAUGAUCAUCAACGGGAUGGAUUACGAGCACGUGUGCCUUCCCAAUCGAGCGACGAUAACUCGGCGGGUGGUGGGGUUGUUAUACUCGAAGAAGGAUUAGCUGACGACGAUUCCUGGGUCGAGGAAGUAUCCCACGACGAGGAUGAGCCCGAAGCUACGACAGCGACCGAGGAAAGUUCCGAGGACGAGGCCAAUAAUCUUGGAGAUCGAGAGGAAGAACUUCGAGGAUAUCACAGGCAAGCUAUCGACUUUACUCUUCAUACUAUUGUCGAGGAAUCCUGCGAGGAGAGCGAAGCCGAGCCCAGUUUGGCUACAGGUAGUCCGUCGAAAAAACAACGGCCACCGUCUGCCUCCGAAUUAGAAAAAUAUUUCUUUUUCGGACUCGGUGGCGAUGGAAACAAUUCGAGCAUGGGAUCUCGCGAGGUCGAUAGCCUCUCCGAAACUUCUUCGAUUUAUUCGGAAGGUCUGGAAUCUCUUGGACAAGACGAACCUACCAGCACAGCUUCGAAUGCUAGUACAACCACUGGCUGUCAAAGUCAAGAACGAUUGAAUUCCAGCGAUGGAUUUCUCAACUCUUCCAGAUUGGAAAAGUACUUUCUAUCGGAGUUUCUUGGAUUUGAUCAAGAUAGACGAGACUCCGAUGGAUCGGUUGGUAGCGAUUCCGAAGGAAGACCAAGUCCGGAAGCUCAACGAAGGAAACGUCUCGUUCGUGCUAGGGGUACCGGUCGAUCCCACAGUUCUUCUCUCGACAAUUUAUUGGCCUUAACGCAAAGCUCGCAAAAUUUAAGCUCCCAAAAUUCUCUGCAAGACUUAAGUCUCAAUCAAGAUUUACAGGAAACACAAUCGGAAGGAUCUUCGACCGAAACGGACGGCGCGGAGGAUGGACAAACUGCGGCUUUUGGUACCGAUGGUCAAUUCGACACGGUCAAACGGAAAAAGAAAAAGCCAAGAAAUUUGGGUACCCAGAGUCCUCGUGUACCAGACGACAGGAACAAAACUCCCGAACCAAAUAGAGAAAUGGUAUUGGUUGGAGAAGUAGUAGUAGAGGAUGAUACGGAAGCUGCUAAUUCGGAAGAUUCUGAAAGAGCUAAAACUCCUCAACCGGAAUGCGCGUUGUCUUCAUCGUCAUCGCCAUCAGUCAUCGUUGGUAAUGCAUCGACGACACCUUCUCCGCAAGUAAUUGAUUCAUCGAGAAAUCUUCUCUCAGUAACCUCGGCCGAUUCUAUCGCUUACAAUCAAAGAUCUAAACAACAAUCGAGAGAUUCCGGAUUCGUAGGUAGUUGCGAUGAUCUUUUGCAACAUCAAAAGAUACCCGAUGACGUGCAAAUUAAUUCCGAAGCUAAUCAAGAAACAGGAAAAGAUCGUACGAGGAAAGAAAGUAACGCGAGUGUUCGAACAAUCGACGAAAUCAUUUCCAACGAGACGACUAUUGUUGGUAACGAAAUAAACAAUUCGACAAAGAUCGAUCAUCCGAUCAAUCCCGCGAGCACUACUUUGCCGCACUUGCCAAAUGCAUCCCUAUCGCGAAAAGAUAGCUUUAACAAUUGGUCCAGCGACGAGGAAACGAAUCUGAUGAUGUCCAAGAUGCGACAAUUUUUCAAAACUAUGGUUGCCAAUUCGAACGGUCAAGGUCAGAAUGCAACCAAUACAAAUUCAAGCGGUGCAUCGCCGGCACCUAGUCCACGAUUACCUGGAUAUUCCUCUAAGGCAAGAAUGUGUCCUCAAAAUCGUACGAAACCACCACAAUUGGUAUACUUCGAGAACGAAUUAACCAGAUUAAUGAAAACCGUACCGGGGAUACGAGACGAACAAGUUAGAGAGAUAGUCGAGUAUCUUAGUUCCGAAGAUACGUGGUCUGAUUCUUACGACAGUUCGGAUUAUACCAGUUCGGAUUUAGAAGGGGCUGCAGGUGGUCGUCGUUCGGCAUUGCAAGAACAAAUUUCUCAAAGUUGUCAACAGAUCAUUAGCAAAUUCGAUACUACUGCUGGUGAUAAUAUUUUGAACGAUAAAGAAACUAAGGAAGAUAAUAAUAAAAAUGGAUCUACGAUUCAGGCACCUUGCCUCGGUAGGGACACGGCAUUCGUUUAUCAAAAAUUGGUACAGAGUUUCACAAAAAUGGCAGGUGACGGUGUUAGUUCCGAUACAAAUUCGACACCUCACAGCAGUCCUCCUUUAAUCGCAAAGGUUAUGCAUCAUAUAGGCAGUAGAUUGGUAGCAUUGAUGCACGAGGUGUCCGAAGGUGGUCCAGCUGUCCAGCAUCAUUCCGCAACAACAUGGAGAAGAUAUUCGCAACAUCAUCGGACUCCGUCGUCGGCUUCAACGACGGAGGACGAUGACUCUACGUCGGAUUCAACGAAUGCCACAUCUUCGACGCACCUGCAAUUACCUAGAUCUAAAUCUCACGAUCCUUUGUUACUGAUCAAUAAUCAUCCGAGUGCGUCGACCGGGCAGGAGGGAGAGGAAAGGGAAGCAAGCGAUUACGAGAGAUUCUCCUGGCGAGGUAGUUUCGAAUCGGCUUUAAUGGCAGCGGACUCGAGAACGAAAUUAAGUUUAUUAGCUUGCAGCGGAGAUGUCAGUGGGGUUGGUGCCAGUGCUAGUGCUAGUGCCUUGGCAAUGGCAGCCAAACGACGUAGUGCUGGUGAUUUGUUGUUUAAUCCUAGGAGCUUGUCGAGAGAACAAUUGGAUAGAGUUAGAAGUUGCGGUUCUAUCGGUGGUGGUAGCGGUGGGGGAGGUAUAGGAGGKGGAGGAUCUAUCGAGGAAAGGAUUUGGAGUAAUAGGAGAAGAUCAUCUGUUCCCGAUGCUAAUACUAGAGGAGAGUCUGGUGCAUCGGCAGGUGACGAGGAUACCGAGGACGAACUAGAGUACGGUGGUGGUGGUGCUGGUGGUGGUGGUGGAGAAUCUCGUGCAACGACUCUUCCUCGUGGCAUGCAAUCGGCUUUAAGCGCAGCCACGAACUCUCUACCACGUUUACCAGCUUCUACUACAACAACUGGCCUUACGACAACAUCAACGACCUCAUCGCAAAUGCAUAAAGCACAUAGCGUCUAUCAUUUUCUACCGCAACACAGUGGCGUGAAAUCGGCCAGAUAUCGACCGCCCGGAUUUGCUAGGAAUAGUAACGUAACGGGAGCCAUUGGUGGUCCGAAACGAGCGGUCAGUGCACCGGGUUUGCAGGUCUCAGGCUCGCAAAGUUCAGCUACCAAACGGGACAAUUCUAGAUCGAGAAGGCAACAGGCUAUCUCCCUCACCCCUGAUGAUGGAAGUAGUUUGUCGGAGGCGUGCAGUACGCCAAUCAUCGGUGCAGGUUCGCGUGCAGCUUCUAGUCACACGGUCAUGGAUAUGGACGAUAUGGAUCCUGGAUUGCAUUCUGGACAUCUCGCGACUCGUGCUUCUUUGUCCAGCCUUGGAGCACGAUCGGAUUCAAUGGCAUCGGUUUACAGUGGUGCCGGUGAAGGUAGAUGCUGUAGAUCGGUAGUAGUUACCGGUGAAGUAGAAUUUGCAUUGCAAUACGAUUACAAACAUCUCACGUUUGAGGUGCACGUUACCAAAUGCAAGAAUCUCGCUCCAGUUGACGUCAAACGAAAGCGAUCAGAUCCAUACGUAAAGGUCUAUCUCUUGCCGGAUAAAUCGAAGAGUGGUAAACGUAAAACGAAAGUUAAGAAGCAUACCUUGAAUCCAGAAUUUAACGAGACAUUAAAGUUUCACAUGAGCCUGAGCGGUUUGGAGACAAGGACAUUAUGGCUGACAGUAUGGCACUCGGAUAUGUUUGGACGAAAUGAUUUUCUUGGAGAAGUACGAAUGCCAUUGGAGAAUAAAAUUUUUGACGAUCCUACCCCAAGAUGGUAUCCCCUUCAGGAAAGAACAGAACCAUUCGACGACCCGAUCGCUUACAAAGGUGAAGUAAUCGUUGGUUUGAAGUUCGUACCACCCGAUCCCGCACAACAACAAGAACGUGAGUUGGGCUCCGAUCAUAACAAGGGUGCUUCCAAGUCGAGGAAAAAUUGGAGUCGUGGUGCAUUGCACGUUCUCGUUAAGGAGGCUAGAAAUUUGCAAACCAGAGCUAAAAAUUCUGGAACCUGCGAUCCCUUUUGCAAAAGUUACCUGCUACCGGACAAAGGUAGAUCUGGUAAACAAAAAACUGGUGUAGUUCGUCGAUCAGGUGGUUCUCCAGUUUGGGGUCAUACUUUCAUUUACAAAGACGUCAGUUUGCAAGAGUUAGCCGAGCGAGGAUUGGAAUUAACGGUAUGGGAUCACGAUCGUAUCGCCAGUAAUGAGUUCUUAGGCGGUGUUCGUUUCAAUCUUGGUACCGGAAAACAUUAUGGGAAACCAGUUGAUUGGAUGGACGCAACGGGCCGUGAAUUAUCAUUAUGGCAAAGUAUGCUCGAAAGGCCUAAUUUCUGGGUCGAAGGUGCAGUGACUUUAAGGCCAAAUCUACACAAUCAUGGCAAAGCUAAUGGUUCUUAAUUAGAUUCAUCCAUUAUCUAUGAAUUAUGAUCGAAAUUAUUCAUUUGAAUUCGAUCAUAUUUCUUUUGGGGUCACAAUACUAAGCUCGAUUAUGAUAUGAACUUCCAUAAUAUACAUACAUAACAUUAAUAUCAAAUUUUAGUUAAUCGUUGUAAAUAAAUUAUUAGGCGAGAUGUGGUCUCGUUUAUUCGACGAUAAAUUAUAAUCAGUGCCUUUCGGGAUAAUUAACGAAAAAAAUAAAUAAAGUAAAAGACACUUGGUGGUGAAAUAAAGUACGGAAAGUAAAAGGAAAGGAAAUAUUCGAAUGAAUGAAAUAAACUAUUCCCUUCUUAAGGGCACACGAAAGUGUAGUAUACAUUACGUAUAUACUACAUUUGAAUGUAUAUGAAACGAGACCGAUCAUGUGAUCAAUAUUAUAUACAUAUACAUAUACCUACAUGUAUGUAAUACUUCGAUCUAUUUUCUAAACGCUUAUAUACAUUCGUAUUACUUUCCCGAACGUAAUUUGACAAAUUUCAAAACAAAAUGAUCAAUUAAUAUAUUAUCGUAUACUAUAUAUACGUCAAACUAAUACGAUUUCGAAUUAUAAAUUCGAAAUUUUCUGAACGUUCGUAUAAUAUAAUAUCGGAAAUGUGUAUCGACGUUUUUUUAAUGAACUUUAAUCAAAUAUAAUACGAUAUAUUAAAAUGACAUUUGAAAUAAAAUGGACCAACCGUCCGUGGUUUCAAACGGGCGACAUUAUAAUUCUAAUUUGCGAAGGGAAGAUCUUGAAGAAAAAAGUCUUUCGUAUUUUAUAUAAAAUAUUGCUUACUUUUGUUUUUCUUUUUGAUUUUUGUUUCCCUGCCCCCCCCCCCCAAUAACAACAAGAGUGCCAAAAAAAAUAAAAGAAAAUAAUGAGAAAACCUCUCGCCGUGUUUGAAACGCAUAAUCGUGUUUAAAAAGUAAUACAGUAUACGCCAACACACUUACCUUUCUUUUUAAAAGAAAGAUGCUUCCAGAGUGUACAAUACAAACGAAUAAGAAGGAUAGAAAUAUUAUUUGUUCAAUUUCUACUGUCCUCGUCGUUGGACAAGAGAAUUCACGGAACGGUAUAUUUAAGGAUUAUUAAAUAUGACCGAUUUCCGAUAUGAAAAGAAUAA